ACUAUGUGCUGAGGUAGCCUGCAUAUCUGGACGUAUCCACUGUAUAAACAUUACUGUUUUUUGUUGUUGUUGUUUUUUUUUUUUUUCUGUUUCUUGGAUAUCAAUGACUGAUUGCCAAAUGGUUUCCCCGGAUUUCACAGCGGAUGAGAAGAUGGAGAUUGAGAGCAUUAAGAUGUACAAGAAAGACCUUCUGGAUGAUAUCCAGAAGCUAAAGAUGGAGAUAGACAAUGUCAUGGCAGGAAUACUCAGCUUUGAGUCUGCAGAGGAAAGCAAAUCCACAGAGAAGACUAAACAGUUCUCCAGUGGGAAGAAGAAAUUCAACAUGGACCCCAAAAAGGGUAUCAAUUACCUAGUGGAGAAUAAGCUGCUGGAUGGAGGUGCCCAGUCCAUCGCUGAGUUCCUCUACAAGGAGGAAGGACUCAAUAAGACAGCCAUCGGAGAAUUCCUCGGGGAAAGAGAAGAGCUCCACCUCCAGACCCUGAAGGCCUUUGUGGAGCUGCACGAGUUCUCCGACCUCAACCUGGUGCAGGCCCUCAGACAGUUUCUGUGGAGUUUCCGUUUGCCCGGAGAAGCCCAGAAGAUUGACCGUAUGAUGGAAGCUUUUGCCACGCGCUACUGCGAAUGCAACGCUCAUGUCUUUCAGUCAACCGACACGUGCUACAUCCUGUCAUUUGCCAUCAUCAUGCUGAACACCAGCCUCCACAACCCCAAUGUGAAGGACAAAACCACUCUGGAUCGAUUCAUCUCAAUGAACAGAGGCAUCAACAAUGGAGAGGAUCUACCUAACGAUCUGCUCUCGAAACUGUACGACAGCAUACGCAGUGAGCCUUUCAAAAUACCAGAGGAUGAUGGGAAUGACCUGACUCACACCUUCUUCAACCCUGACAGAGAAGGCUGGCUCCUCAAACUUGGAGGCCGAGUGAAGACGUGGAAGAGACGAUGGUUCAUCCUGACUGACAACUGCCUCUACUACUUUGAGUUCACCACUGACAAAGAGCCCAGAGGCAUCAUCCCUCUAGAGAAUCUCUGUGUGAGAGAAGUCCCUUAUCCUCGCAAACCUUACUGUCUGGACCUGUACAACCCAAACAGUCGAGGGCAGAAGAUCAAAGCAUGUAAAACAGAGACGGAUGGCAGGGUGGUGGAGGGGAAACACCAGUCCUACACCAUCUGUGCCGCUAGUGCUGAGGAAAGAGACUCCUGGAUCGAGGCCAUCAGAGCGAGUAUCACCAAGGAUCCGUUCUAUGACUUGGUCUCAGUCCGUAAGAAGAAGGUGAUAAACCAAGCCCCCCAGGACUGAGCUGUCCAGUGCCCCCUGUGGGCGUUUAUUAUAGUGCACCACAGUGGGAUUCUGUCCUCCUUCAAGUUGUAUCUAACAUCCUGCAAGACAACAGUGCACGGACACUGAAGGCUGGUCAGAAAAACCCUGACAGUGGCCGUUUGGGCUAAAAGAGAGACUUCUCUUUCCACUUCUCUUUUUACAGACUGAACAAAACUGUGUCUAAGGUGACAAAGUAUUGUUGCUCUCACUGUCGACAUGCCAAGCCACAAUGCAACAAAAGGGCUAUAGUGGGAACUGAAUUUUUGUUAGUAUAAGUUGUGGACCGAGGCAUGUGUGGAUUUGUAUCUUUCAGUUUACAGAAUUUUAAAAAGUGUCUGUGUACUUAUAUAAUUUGCCAUGAGAAGACUUUUAUGUUUUUUGUUGAUGUCUUAUUCCACAAGAUGUAGCAGGAUCAGGAAGACAAUCAAGCAUGUGACGUCUCAGUAGUUCCGUGCAUGUUAUAAAAAGUCAAGACGCAGAUUGUUUUUAUGAUACUGAAGAGUUCUCAAGAGUCUCAAAAAUGGACACGCACAAGUAAAGUUAUAGCAAUAUACUUUACUUCUGUCCAGUGUGUCAUUCAAAGUUCCACCAAGAACUUAAUUUCCAUUAUAUAACAUGUAUGUCUUGAUUUCUUGUAUCAAAAGAGAGCACUUCAUGCUCUACUGCUGUUAUAGCAAGGUGCGAUCUGAAGGUGCUUGCUUUAAUUAAGCAAAUUAAGUAAAUAUGUAAGUUUGUAAAUACUGUACAGAAAUAUUUUCAUGUAUUCAGCUUUUUUUUAAAAAAUUUAUCUGUUGAUAUAAAAUUUAUAGUGCUUACAGAAUGACAUGACAAAUUUACCUUGAAAUGCAGAAUAGUCUUGUUCUAAUCAGACCAAACCUGCAUUUUUUAACAUUACACCUACCUUUAAAGCACAGUGCAAUAAGUGCAGGGCAAUAUGCGUUAUAUCUGCUUUGUUGUGUAUAUGAAUCCAAUGUAUUAUUUGAAAUAAAACUUAUAUUGUGU